AUGACUUCUAGUAGCGAACGUCAAAAUUCGUCGGAUACUUCGCGCAUUGUAUACGUAACUUGUCCUAAUGAAGAGGUGGCAAAGCGAUUAUCCCGAGGGUUAUUAGAGCAAAAACUUGUUGCAUGUGUCAAUAUCAUACCAAGUGUAACUUCAUUGUAUCUAUGGGAGAAUGCAAUUGAAGAGUCAACGGAACAUCUCAUGAUGAUCAAGACAGAGCAGAAGCAUGUGGCGGAACUGACAAACUAUGUGAAUCAAAAUCAUGUAUAUGAAAUUCCAGAAGUCAUAUCUGUGAAGAUUGACGCGGGGAGUGAGAAGUAUAUCGAUUGGAUCAGAAAGAGUGUAAAACCUUUAUAA